CGCGGGUCUCUCCCAACCAUUACAACUAGUCUUGGCAUAUAAAGAGUUCUGGGCACUCAGAAUACUUCGUGUCUGCCUGGGUAAAGUGAUCUCCCAAAAUGCGUGGUUCUCGGGGCUCAUCCCCCUCUCUCUUCAGCGCCUUCUCACUCUACCUCAACACCCUCUUCUUGGUAUUAUUCCUGGCAUUGCGCGUUCAAGGUUAGGCGUGUUAGGAUAGUAUCGUCGAUUUUCCUCUGCAAAAGGAGACGAGACUUGGGGUUGACGACCUACGGCUAUAUUCUCGGUCUUCGCAUCAAGACAAACCGCAGGCUGAGAUUCGCUGACAGAAAUGGCAGAUCGAACUGGGUCUCGACGCAGGUGGUUCUUUCCGCUACGUCCAUUUCUCUCCUCUGUACGGAAACAGAGUCCUUCGGGACCUCCAUCCCAAGACACGGGCACCGCAGAGCAAACAGAGCAUUAUGACCACAACCACCACCACCCUCCGCUCCUCCUCAAUCUUCCCAAUGAGAUGAUUCUCAAUGUUGCGAGCUUUCUGGACCGAGGGUCACAGAUCCUACUGAGUCUCUCCUGUCGACAACUUCGUUGCCUUCUCCUGAAUCAUUGCUACCUCGACUUGACGCCUAGUGGUAGUGGUGGUGGUGUCGACAAGACCACCAAGGUCCGAUUUCUAAGGCUCCUGGAACUGGACCAACCCAAAUACCUGACGUGCCGGUCCUGUGGACUUUUGUACCUCUGGCGAGUCAGGGAGUUCUCCGGGUACGGAUGUCCGCGCGAAAAUCACCAUGCCUCGUCGGAUGUACGACUGUCAUAUGGUCAGUGGAUCCGUCGUGGAGGGGAAAAGAGGUACCUUUAUGUGCGUCGAGAGGUGGUCGACUUGAUUUGUCAGGCCCACAUGCGUGGGCCUGACCACGGCUUGCCGUUGUCAUUUUGCAACGUGAGCGGUCUCGAUGACACCGGCGUUUUUCACACGAACGAGGCACGAGUGGUGGACGGUCAAUUUCUACUGGCCAGUCGAACGGAGGUCGAGGUAGGAUCGGGACGGGAAGCGGCCAUGAUGAUAGAUCGUAUAACUCUAUCAAACAUGUGCUUACAUGUAAGGGCAACUGUAGGAACCCUUGACGACAUAUCGAAAACCCUCAAGCGAGCCCUCGGAAGCAUGGCAUUGGACUCGGAGAUGUCAGAAGUGUUCAAGUGUUCUUUCUGCGAGACCGAUCAUCGAAUGCGCAUGAAAAAGGGCCGGGGGAAUCUCACAACGAUGGUUCUGGAGGUUUGGAGGAACUAUGGACAAUUGGAUGAGAACAGGCUGUCGACAGAGCAGAUCUUUCAUCGAGAUCCUGUGAUGCGGAUUGAUACCGUUACCAUCUCGCGGAGGGACGUACGAGCUGCCUUUGAGGCCCAAACAAGCGAUGUGCUCUAAGCAUUGAGGCAUAGUCAGGUCCAGAAGUUGGACGGCUUAUCUGUACCAUCAAGUACUUUGUAACUUGCGUCAGCCUCUAGUAUUUGUACAAUCA